AUGGCGAGUGUGCUGAAGACCACUGGAAUUGCGGUAUGCAAGAGUCCACAUGAGAGGCUAAGAAUAUUCUACACAAAUAUUCGUGAUGUUCUUGAACAAAUCCCUAAAAAUGCAGCAUAUAGAAAGUAUACAGAACAGAUUACUAAUGAGAAGCUGGCUAUGGUCAAAGUGGAAUCAGAUGUUCAAAAAUUAGAAGAUCAACUUGAAGGUGGCCAAAUAAAAGAGAUAAUUCUCCUGGGUAAAAAUGAACUAAGUCUGGCAAGACAAAUGAUGCAGUGGAAAACAUGGAAGCCAUUAGUGGAAGAGCCUCCUGCCCAUCAGUGGAAAUGGCCGGUAUAA